CAAAAAAGAUGAAACUAAGAUAGGAAGAAGGAAAAAAGAAUUUUACAAUGGCGAAAUCGUCAGCUUUGACCGACACCUCAUUUACUGCAGAGAAUAUUUUGUGUUAUGACCCUGCAGAUGUUUCUUCAAAUGGCUAUAAAGUCCGUAAUCCAUUAAAAUUUCCUGCACCUCUUAUGGUAUUUCAGCUAUCUGUUAUCUCAUUAACAUCUCUGUUAAUUGAUGUUGGCCUCAAGCCUUUGGGUCAACCUUCUCUUGUCGCACAAGUUCUUGGUGGUAUAGUGUUUGGACCAUCACUGUUGGGACAUUUAGAAACAGUAAGAGAAACCAUGUUCCCUACCCGAGGCGUUAUGGCAUUAGAAACUGCAGCAACAUUUGGUGUUCUCUUCAAUCUUUUUGUUAUAGGAGUUGAGUGUGACUCCAAAAGGAUGUUCAGGCCAGGGAAAAAAGCCGUUGUCAUAGGCAUCUCUGUAAUGUUUACCUCACUGGGAUCGACUUUGGCUCUAUCCAUGCUUUUAAAAAGUGUUAUCCCUAUGGAUCCUCGUCUUGCAAAAUCUCUGCCUAUUAUAGCAGCUUCACAAUGUGUGAUUGGUUUCCCCAACAUAUGUUGCCUUCUCAAAGAAAUGCAAAUUCUCAACACUGACCAAGGCCGCCUAGCCACUUCUUCAGCUAUGUUGUGUGAUGUAAUUGGCCUAACCUUGGGUGCAGUAGGUUUUAUAAAGUUGCAGAUGGAGAAAGAACAUUCUAUAUCGCAGAAAAUGGGUUCGAUUCUCUCUCCUUUGAUCUUAGUCAUAUUCACAAUUUAUUUCGUUAGGCCUGCAAUUAAGAAGACACUAAGACUUAGACCGGAAGGGAAACCUGUUGGGGAAAACUACUUUGUUUGCAUUUUAGUACUUGCACUGACGUACAUAUUAGCUGCGGAGACGAUUGGGCAACACUUCCUAUUUGGAUCACUUUUGUUAGGCAUGGCCAUUCCUGAAGGCCCGCCUUUGGGCGCAGCUUUGAUCAGGAAACUUCAUUAUCCAGUUGGCAAAGUUUUGUACCCAGUUUUUCUCACCACCAGUGGCCUCAAAACGGAUAUUUUCACCAUUCAUUUUAAGUCCCUAUGGGUUAUUGCCCUUCUAGUUCUCUUUGGCGUCCUCAUCAAGAUUGUAGUGAUGAUGAUCAUAACUCGCUACACGGGGUUGACCAUUCAUGACUCUAUUAUCGUUGGUCUGAUGUUGAAUUCUAGAGGCGUCUGUGAUGUUGUGUUCUUUAACUUAUGGAGAAUUUCAAAGGCCCUGUCAGAUGAACACUUUGCUGUGGUUAUCAUGAUCUCAGUUGUUUUAGUUAUGGUGAUCAUUACACCGCUAAUAAGAUUCCUCCUUCGUGCAAUCGAACAACAAGCUCCAACGAAGAGAAGGACACUUCAGCAUUCAAAGCCUGACUCGGAGCUAAGGAUACUGGUGUGUGUUCACGAACUACAAAGUGUGCCAACUAUGGUCAACUUACUUGAAGCAUCCAAUGCAACAGAGCAAAGCCCCAUUGGAGUCAUCGCUCUGGUACUCAUUGAGCUCGCGGGUCGAGCCGCUCCCCUUCUUAUCACUCAUAAUCAUUCCCAGGGAGCCAUCCCUCAGGAUGCUUCAAUAUCAUUGCAAAUCAUCAAUGCACUCAGACAAUAUGAGCUUGCCUAUGAAAGUUGUGUCACCCUUCAACCAUUCACCACCAUCACGCAUUUUGAACUAAUGCACGAAGAUAUUUGUCGCGUUGCAUUGGAUCAGAAUGCGACAUUUAUCAUCCUGCCAUUCCACAAGCAUUGGGAAAUUGAUGGUUCCGUUGGCACAUCAAGCCGUGCCAUACAAAAUAUCAACUCCAAAGUCAUCAAGAAAGCACCUUGUUCUGUGGGCAUACUAGUCGACCGUGGAAUCCUAAAGGGAUCCAUGGCUUCACUAAACAAUCAGGGCGUGUACCGUGUUGCCGUGGUCUACAUUGGAGGUCCAGAUGAUGCAGAAUCACUAGCCUAUGGUGCCCGAUUGGCGAGACACCAAACUGUGUCGAUAACACUUAUCCGUUUCCUUAUGUUUGGCUUUGACAAUGCCAGAGAAAGAAAGCUAGACAAUAGCCUGAUUGAAGCAGUCCGCUAUGAGAACUCAACCAAUGAGAAUUUCGUAUACGAAGAACACGUUACAAGAGAUGGGGUUGGGCUAUCUGCUUCACUUAGAGGUUUAGAAGAUAGAUUUGAUUUAAUUGUAGUAGGGAGGCACCAUGAAGAUUCUCCUUUGCUAGUGGGUCUUGGGGCAUGGAGUGAAUGUCCUGAACUUGGUGUAGUGGGAGAUUUCUUGGCGUCGUCGGAUAUUGGCAUCACAGCUUCAGUACUAGCGGUGCAACAGCAGAGAGUUAGAGGGAAAUUGGUGAGUAGAGCAAUGAAACCAGUAGUUAGCAAUCAAGAUGGACCUUAUCCUGACAUGAAUAAUGCACUUAAUAAUGGGAUAUCAACACCACGAACCUCAGUCUCUAAUGACCAUCCAAGAUGGGAAAUCACUAUAGAUAGAGCUAAUUAGGUUUUGCUCCAUGUACGGUACAACCUCCAUAGUUUUGCUCGUUGUACGGUACUAUAAAUUGAAUACAGACUAAUGAUAUAUUUACAGGAUGAUACGUUUUAAAAGA